GGGGGGGAUGUCCAAUUUGACAUGGUGCAAGCAAGGGCCAAGGUGGGGGACGCGGAGCUGGGCGCAGGGGGCAGGACGGCCAUGCGGACAGGAUGAGCGACCGUCCCCUCUUCGAGGCGUGGGGCAGGGGACAGCGGGCAGGGACCCUCUCGGGAGGGCAGUCGCCUCCGGAGAGGCAGAGCAGCCUGGGCUAUAAGAUGGGGCGGGACCGCCGCGGGGCAGCCCAAGCCCAGCGCCCUCCCCUGCAUCUUCGCCUCUCUCCCCCAACCCCUGAUCCCUCUGCGGGGCCCAGCCCCCCUCUGGGUAAACCCGGAGUUACUUUCCCCGCCUCGGGCUGCAGCCCCGACUACCUCGCUCUGUACCCUCCGAUUUAUGGGGACGCAGAUUGCCCGGCCUCUUCCUCCUCGUCCUCCUCUUCCUCCUCGUGCCCAGCCGGUCUCCCCGGGCAACCUUUCGGAGCUCGGCCGAUGGACCUCCCCUACCCGUGCAGCCCGGAGGAUCUAUUCCGCACUGCUCCGCCCGAGAGCUUCAGGGCCCCCCUGCUCGGCCCGGAGGAGAGAAGAGGCCCGCCUCGGGCGGUUUACGGUACGGCGGAAACUUUUGAAUGGAUGAAAGUUCGCAGGAACCCGCCCCGCAGAACAGGUGAGUGCCGGUCGCGGGCCGCGCGGGGCGAUCUCAUUGGUGGAGGCGCGCGCAAUCAGCGGCACCGGAGACGCCAGGUACCGCCAGCAGUGAAAUGCCACAGCGCUUCAGCCAAGGUGAUAACGCCGGCCUCUCCCAGAACAAACUUCACCACCAAGCAGCUGACGGAGCUAGAGAAGGAAUUCCACUUCAACAAAUACCUGAGCCGAGCCCAGCGGGUGGAGAUAGCCUCUGCUUUGCAGCUCAACGAGGCCCAGGUGAAGAUCUGGUUCCAGAACCACCGGAUGAAGCAAAAGAAACAAGAGAAAGAAAGACCCUCAUGGGGACCAGCAGUCGGUAGCAAUGGGCGAGCUUUAUCUUCAGGCAAAUCCGAUCUAGUCUCCCCAACGUCCUCCCCCAGCAGAGGCAAUGAAGGUACCACUCCACCCCUGUGACUGAAGAGGCAUAGCCUUUGCAUUCCCAUGAAAGCCCUAAGAGGUUUCCGGCAAAGAUAAUGGUCCCCAGAAGAAACAUUUUAAGGGGAAAUUUCUGAGAGGGUGGAAGUGACCAUUUUUCAAAGGCUGUACUGAAUUGUCCCUUUGACACGUAACUAUAUAUACUUACCCCAUUGUCUAUUUUUAAAAAAACCACACUGAAAUGGCAUGAUAGAGGCUCAAAGCACUGGGGUGCUCUGAGAAAUGGAAAAUUCUCCCCAUGGGGUGGUACCCAUGUGCUGCCAUGCAGGGAACCCAGGUUGAACCACACUGGGAACCCAGUAUUCAUCGAAAACUUCCAACAGUGGAUGUUGCCUUCUUCCAUGCCCCACAUUAACUUGGCUUGCCAUAUUUCACUUUGCAAAGAAUGUUGAAGCUCAUGCAUUGGGAUUCCCAUGACCCCAGCCACAUGUGAACUACUUAGCUUGAGAAAGUCAGGCAGUUUCUUCUACAUCUCUUGAUAGCAUCCUGGUCUUCUAAAAGAAAUGAGGGCUUUGCAGAUUUCCGCUCUGAUCUCUUUCUCAUAACAGCUUCUUAUAAAUUAUGAUAGCUGCAAUCCUGCAAUACUUUGAAGUCAGCCACACGGAAAUCAAUAGUGAUUUCUGCACAGCAGAAAUAAAACAUCUUGGGGACAUUUGAAAAACCAUUUUGGGGGAGAAGUUCGCACAGCUUUCUCCCUCAAAUGUCUUCAAAACGUUUUAUUUCUCUCAACCUGGGCUUUUCAAAAAUGGCUAAACUAGCAAUCCCGCCGCCCCCCAUCCAGGUUGACAACAUUUCCUGCCUGUUGAAUGAACAGAAGCAGGCAGGGGAUGCUUUAUUUCUCCCAUUCAGACUUCUUAAUUUCACUUUAAUUGUUUGUGCCCACCAUUUUGUCUGCUGCAGUGGAGAUUCUCCGUGAAGAUUCCCCACAGAGGUUUCCUCUGCUUGCAGCUCAUCCAUGCACAAUUUCUGUGCAAAACAUGCAAAACAAUUUGUUUUGCCUAGUGAUCAUGCACAUGUGUCGUUUUUCCUUUUGCCGUUGUUCUGAGGGGUAUGUCUGCCAAGCUACAAUGUCAAAAUUAGAGAAGCAGCAAUAUGAACAUAUUUGAGUCAGCCAUAGCUUUGUAGACAUACCCCUCAAACAAAAAAAGGGGGGAAAGGCAUGUGAAUGGGACUGUGAGGCAAGACAAGCUUUGUUCAUCUACUUUUUACAGCGAAAUAGCAUGUGGAUGAACUGCAAGCAGAGGAAAUCUCUAUGUAAAACCUUCACCAAAUGGCAGAGGCAGGAGAAUCUGUGCAGCGGCACACAAAAUGGUGGGAGCAACUCUGAAAUUGACUGGAGCUUCGUCGGCCAGCAGGCUGGAAAAAAGAACCAUUUUGGCUGGCAAGACUUGUGUUCUCCGUGCUAUGGGGACACAAAAAGCCGAAACAGAUCUUUGUAAAACAUUUGCAGGACAUUUUAUUUCUGCUGCGCAGAAAGGACCAACAGGACAACUCCUGAGCAAAUAUAUUAUGGGUGGUGUAUUUAUGAAUAAAAAUUCUAGCUGCAACAUAAUAAAAUAUUGUAUGCUUCUCCAGCAUACAGCCAUUGAAUGACACAAUGCUGAUUGUGUAGCUUUGGUAUGCAAGGAGCUCUUCAUGGAGGCAGAACCCACAGAGAACCAUUACCGCUCUCUUUCGAGUUAAUGCUUCUUUUCAUGGAACUGACCCAGAAGUGAAAACCUUGGUGCUUCUUGUAAUUCCGUCAGAACCUGCAACAGUCAUGUGGGGAACUCAGAAAAUCAGGACAUGUAUUACUGCUUUGAAACUUCAUUGGAAUAUCUGGCAAAGUCGCCAGCAGUUUCUUGCUCAAUCAGUGCCAUCACUGUCCAACAAAGAUCUUAGACUAGAUUAAAAAACAACCACCUUUUAUUAAUAUUUUAUUUGAUUGAAUAUCCCACCCUCUCUGGCUGAAGCCAGACUCAAAGCAAGAUUGGGGUGGGGUGUUCUCCAUCUCUGCCUCCUUUUCCAUUUCCUCACACUAGACAGAGGAGAGGAAAUGUUUACAGUCUGUUGUCAAUGUGCAAUAGACAUAAGUAUUGUGGCAAAACCAAAGAAGAGUCUUGGGGUACCCUAUGAAGUUAUUGUAGUAUAAACGUUCAUGGGCUAGAAUUGUCCAAUGUAUGAUGUGUGUAUGGCCUUAGUACGCUGUCUUAGGGGAUUGUCCGCAGUGGAGCUUCAGAAAAUGUGCUUCAGGGGGAUCAGCCCUGACUUCCAGACACAAACAGUCAAUCUGCUGGAUAUGAAUUUGUCUGCAAUGGGUUGUGUUUCUGCCAUUUUAAGGCAGGUGUGUGAUGAAGGGCAUGGAGGGGAGAGAAAGAGGUAUGCACUCUGAGCAAAGGAAGGCUCAACCUGCUGCCUGAAGCACAUAGAUAAAGAAGGCCACUAGCAAAACAAUAUGUGCAGAGGUGGGAUCCAGCAGGUUCUCACAGGUUCCCAAGAGUAGGUUACUAAUUAUUUGUGUGCCGAGAGGGGGUUACUAAUUGGUGAUUUUGCCACGUGAUUUUUGCCCUA